AUGCCCAAUCAACUGUCUAUACCAUGCAAGAAGACCUACACCAUCCCCAUCCGACAGGCAGUACGGGACUACAUACUCUCUCAUCAUCAUGACACGCAUCCGGACGCGUACAGAUGGGACAUCGGACACUGGGAGAAGCUGCGCGCGGAAGCCACCAGUGGCGGCGUUCACGUCGACCGCGUCGGCACAUUGCUCAGCUAUCAUGCUCAACUGGUGUUCAUUUUGACGAAAUUACCUCCCGAUAUCGGCCUCGAAAUCCCUUACGCCACAGCAUUCGACGGCUCUACGCUGCCACAAACCCUGACCAAUCUCGUGUACGAGCGUGCGGCCGUCCUGUAUAACCUCGCCGCACUCUAUUCGCAGCUCGGCAGUGCGGAAGAUCGCUCCACCCCUCAAGGCCUGAAGCAAGCGAUCAAAUUCUAUCAGAAUGCCGCCGGGGCCCUUAAUUACCUGCAUGACUCGGUCCUACCGCAGCUACAUGCAUCACUGGGUCCGGAGGAUCCUCCCAUAGAGCUGGGAAACGCGUUUGUCAAGAGUCUUGAGUUCCUGAUGCUCGCCCAGGCUCAGGAGUGUGUCUGGCAGCGCGCCGUCAUGGACAGCUACAAGAAUGGACUGAUUGCAAAGCUGGCGCAAAAGGUGGCAUCGUUCUACGGUUCAACUGCCAAGUACGUCAAGGACGCCUCUCCUUCCAUCAAGCACGUCUUCCCCUCGAAUUGGGUUUCCCAUCUCGAGACGAAAGAAUUCCAUUUCCUUGCAGCCGCCCAAUAUCGGAAGAGUCGGGAAGAUCUGGAAGCACAUCGUUACGGACAUGAGCUAGCCCGACUUUUCGAGGCUCAAGCACUCGCAAAGAAGGGUUACGACAUCGGUCGACGCAGCGGGGUCGCACAGCCGGUCCAGCAAGAUAUAAAGUCGCUCCUGGAUAAUGUUCAAAAGAACGUCUCUCGUGCUGAACGUGACAAUGAUUUGAUAUAUCACCAAGAUGUCCCCCCUGCGUCCGCACUCCCUCCUAUCACGGAGGUGGUCAUGGCCCAGCCCCUGGUUGACCCGGGCCUUCAGGAUCCGAAGAGCGUUGUCGGAAAAGAUGGCGUAAUUUUCGGCGAAUUGCUCGGAUGGGGGGCGCGCCUCGCCAUUGAGAUAUACAAUGACCGCAGGCGCAACUGGAUCACGGAGGAGAUUCAAGACCGAGCGCGUAUGCUGGACGAUGCAUUGUCGAGCGCCCGCGAGAGCCUGAACCUUCCCGCCGCGCUGGACGCGCUGGACAGGCCUAUCGGCUUGCCUCCCAGUCUUGUGAAAAAGGCCGAGGAGGUUAGGCUGGAGAGCGGCCCUGAGCGCAUCGACACGUACAUUCGGGACGUCCAGGCGCUCGCGCAGCACGUCUCUUCGCUCCUCGACGAGGCCAUGGACAUCCUUGAUCAGGAAGCAGACGAAGACGAAGCCCUGCGGGACUCCGCAGGAGCGAUCCCUGAGCGAGCUCCGUCCCUCGAAGCGAAUAGAGACUUCGUCGCGAAGGAGCAGCAAUACCGCGCUGUUCUCCAACAGGCGACGGACAGCGACGCACUCGUCCGGAAGAAGUGGGAAGAGUGGGAGGACUCUAUUACACAGCUGACCUGGCCGGAGGACGAACUGGAGUUGUCGAUUCCGUCUUCGACCGUCGACCUCGCCCGGCGCGUCGGCGCUACAGGCUCCGACCCGACGCGCACCCACGCCCGCGCCUUGCGCACGCUUCUCGAGCAGCUGGAGGACCUGUCAAACGCUCGCACGGAGCUUGUCGCGAGGGUCGACCGGAUGACGGCUUCUGAUGACAUCACACAGCGCGUUGCGAGGGCGGCGUCGGCGAUGGAGCAGUGGGUAAACGUGCAACCCGCGAUGUUCGAAGACAUCUUGGACGAGGAACUGUCGAAGUACGACAGGUUCCGGGUCCAGCUCGAGGAGAACGGACAGAAGCAGGAAGCGUUUUUGCAGUCCCUCCAGGACCGUCACGCGCUAUUCAUGCAGUCCCGGAAGGACGACGCAGCGGUCAAGGAGCGCGAGCUGGCGCUGCAGUCUCUCGACCUGGCAUAUCACAAAUACCGGGAGAUAGUCCGGAAUUUGGAGGAAGGCCAGAAGUUCUACAAUGAAUUCUCGGCACUGCUGUCGGAGUUCCGCGCCCUGUGCAAGGAUUACGCCGCCGCACGAGGCCAAGAAGCAAGCGCGCUGACGCGGGCCAUGGACCGCCUCGCACUGGCGGCGAACCACGCCCCCCAGGACUCCGAGCCUCCUGCCCCAGAUCUAGAACCUUACAUGCCAGAGUCGCCGCCGCGCCAUCCGCGGGCGGUGCUCGAUCUUCCGCCGCCAGAUUCGGACGAAUGGGAGACGAUGGUGCUCCCACCCGCACCAAGGCCGGUGGAAGCGAAGCGCAGGGUGACGCGCUCGGCGCAGAAGAGCACGUAA